AUCCUCAAUUCACUAUUAAUUCUCUCCUUCAAGCAGAUGAGGGAAAAGACAAGGAAGUAAGACUCCAGGCGACAUUGCCAGAAAAAGGGGAGGAUGAAAAUGAGAACUGUUGGGAUGGAAAUGAAUCACUGUGGCAGAAUCAGGCAGACCAGAGGAGAGAUACAUCUCACAGAUAUCCGAGCGGCGUUGCCUCUGAAGAUGAAAUGGGAAAAACAACAAACAGGAGCAUCAGUGCUCUUCAAAGCUCAGAGUAUCAACAAAACAUCCCUCUGAGGAAAAGUACAGUGAAAUGUCCAACAUGUCAUGCCGAGAUAAAUCUGUGUCACUGUUUGGAGGAUGGAGAAAGUUUCAGAUGGAGCCCAGAAGAUACAAGAUUUCACACAGGGGAGAAACAGAAAUGCUUUAGCUCUGACCUUAAAGCACCUCAACCAAUGCAUUCUGAAGAGAACAUCUGUAAGUGCAAAGAGUGUGGCGUGAGUUUCAAGAGACAUUCAGAACUUGAAAGCCAUCAAAGUAUACACACACGCGAGAAAGCAUACAAAUGUCCUGAAUGUGGACAGGCCUUCAGACGCAAUGCACAUCUUCAAUUACAUCAGCGAAUUCAUACAGGAGAGAAACCCUAUACAUGCAAAGAAUGUGGGAAAUGUUUCAGUCAUUCCUCAAAUUUUAGAGUACAUCAGCGCUUCCAUUCAGGGGAGAAACCAUAUUCUUGUAAAGAAUGUGGGAAAUCUUUCUACCAGAGUGGUCAUCUUCAAGUUCACCAGCGGAUUCAUACGGGAGAGAAACCCCAUCAGUGCAAUGAAUUUA